AUGGCUGCACCCGCAACAUCUGCAAGUGUCACUUGCAGCCUUCAGGACUUGGCAAACACGCAAGUCCUGAACAUUGCCUUGGCGUACUGCAGCGGAGCUUCCCUCACUUCACUUCGACAGGUGAGCACAAGCCUGGCCGAGGCGCUUCCCUCCUCGUCGCCUUUGUGGCAGGACCUGUUGAGGCAUAGCUCGGUGGUGCUGCAGGGCAAGGCGUCUGCCAUGUUCAAAGCUCGACGGUUGGGUCUGCUGUCCGAAAGAUCCAGUGUUCACGCGGGCGCGGAGGCCGAGGUACCUGCACCAAUCAGCAAGCAAAGCCGCUAUCGCCUCAUCGUCACGGGGGCGCGUGCUAGUGGGAUCUCGACGCUGGUCAGGCUGCUGGCACAACGCACUGAGCAACCCGAUGCGGCCAAGGACAUGUCCGUGUUCGCUUUCUCGGCAAACCUGGAGGGCACGAACCUGCCGGUGUCUGUGGUGGACAAGCGCAGCACGGUUAAAGGCACUCCCCUCUCUGCAGCACUCUACAGCGGCCACACCGCGGCACUCUUUGUGUUCGAUGCGGGUCGGAUGGAGGACACUUUGCCCAAAGCUGCAUGGUGCAUCGAAGAGCUUCGGCAGACGGUCGGGUUGAAGAAGUUUCGGCUCAUGCCAAAGUUGCUCGUGUGCCAUAAGGCCGACUUGCUCAUGGCAACUUCGCCAGGGUUGGAGGAUGCAGAUGCUCGUGCCGCAUGUCUUCCGGCCAUGUGCGAGGCACUUCUGGCGACCCAUGGGAUGGACUUGGUCUUCACCUCAAGGGCAGACCCAACCUCGGCGGAGCUUGCGUUCGCACUGGCUGCAGAGGGUUGGAACGUCAACCCUCGCCGUCGCACCGGCAAUAUCUUCGAUGAGUUGCUGGCUAGAGUACGCGAGCACUUCUUUGAAGCUUCUGAAAGUUGGACGGAAAAAAGCGAGUCGUGUGUCCGAGGCCAAGCCCUCAUUGAGUUCGUGGACCCGGAAGGGAAAUCUGCUGGCCCACAGCUGGACGUGCCCCUUGGUACGUCCAGAGAGCAGCUUGGCACGCUUCUGAACCAGCUGCUCGAGAAUGCGGAAGAGAUGCCAUAUAGCUUCCACUUGGAAGACUCAGAGAUCACCACGAACCUAGCCGCCUCGUUCAACAAGCUUGCAAAGGGCCAGCAGUCUACGGAGAGGGUGUUGAAGGUCGUGUACUACCCUUUGGCAGUCUUCCGUGUGCGGCCCAUUACCCGCUGCACGUCCUCGCUCAGCGGGCAUAUCGAGGCUGUUCUUUGUGUUGCCUUCUCUCCGGACUCUACCAAGCUGGCGAGCGGUUCUGGCGACUCCACAGUAAGGCUCUGGGAUCUCAACACAGAGCUUCCCAAGCACACCUGCAAAGGACACCAGAACUGGGUUCUUGUGGUGGCGUGGUCGCCAGAUGGCUCCAAGCUGGCUUCGGCCGGCAUGGACAAGAUCGUCCUGGUUUGGUGCGCCCAGUCUGGGAAAAAUCUGGCGGCUCUGAAGGGCCACAUCCAGCCGGUGACCGCUGCCUGUUGGCAGCCGCUGCAUGUUGCGGAGGGCUUCCCGUGGCUUGCGACAAGCUCGAAGGACAAGACCGUGCGCUUGUGGGAUGUGAACGUGGGCGUAUGCCUUCGAAGUCUGACAUCCCACUCCCAGCCUGUGAUGCAGGUCAAAUGGUCUGGCGAGCGUUCAGACAUCGGUGGCGUCGUGUAUACAGCUGGCCGGGACACUGUGAUCAAGGUCUGGAAUCCCAAAGAUGGGGCCAUGCUGAAUGAGCUGAAAGGCCAUGGACACUGGAUAAACACGCUCGCCCUGAACACGGACUACGUCAUCCGAUCUGGGCCCUUCUCACAUGAGCCGCAGAAGUUUGCGGAUCUGCCUGAGAAGAAGGAGGCGGCGAAGAAACGCUAUGCGGAAGCUGUGGAGCUGUGUGGUGGCGAGCGCUUGCUGUCGGGCUCCGAUGACUUCACGCUUUUUCUCUGGCGACCUUUGGUCUCGAAGACGCCUGUGUGCCGCAUGACGGGGCACCAGAAGAUCGUGAACCAGGUGGCCUUCUCCCCGGAUGGUCGAUGGUUUGCAUCUGCCUCUUUUGACAAGUCCGUGAGACUCUGGGACGGCCGGACCGGCAAAUACGUCCACGCCUUUCGCGGCCACGUAGGUGAUGUGUACCAGCUGGCUUGGUCUGGAGAUAGCCGACUCCUUGUCAGUGUGUCGAAAGACUCAACCGCCAAGUGUUGGGACGUUGGUCGGCGCAAGUUGCAGGAGGACUUGCCGGGACACGCCGACGAGGUGUACGCUGUGGACUGGAGCAUGGAUGGCUCCCGUGUGGCCACCGGCGGAAAAGAUCGAGUUCUGAAAGUCUGGCGUCACUGA